GGGAAUCGAAUCGAAAACUAGAAUCGAACAGAAGGAAUAGAUUGAGGCUCGAGCUGUUUAUGCGCCUGAUCGCAUCGCGCUGUGUUUUGAUUGGCUGCGCUAAUGGAUCGUCCAAUAGGAAAACGAUGCGAGAUGGAGAACAAAUCAGUUCAUCAGAGAAGAUUUGAAGCUGCUGUUAAAGUGAUGAGGACUUUACCUGCAGAUGGUGCCUUUGUGCCAUCUGACGACAUGUUGAUGAGGUUUAGCACAUACCACAUACAGGCCACAGUCGGAUCCUGUGAUCCCUGCAGCCGAGACACACUGAGUGAAGCCAAGUGGGAGGCCUGGAAAGCGUUGGGUGACAUGUCUAAGGAAGACGCCAUGAAGGCAUACGUUGAGGAGAUUCUGUUGAUUUUGGAGAUGAUUCCUGUGACGGAGGAGGUGUCCGACCUACUGGAUGUGCUCGAACCCUUUUACGAAGUGGUGGAGGAUGAUAAGGACGAGGACGACGAGACGGCCAGCCAACCUGAGACGUCAACGUCCUCAGGAAGCAGUGACGAGUGGACAGGAAGUUCUGCAGGAGAUGUAGAUGAUGACUCUGAAGAUUGCUUUACAGACAGUAGCCAUGCCAGUGAGCCGGAACAGUCAUGUGACGAGUCUGUGGGUGAUGUGUGGAGUGACUCAGUGAGAGCUAAAGAGGGUUCAGGAGGUCUCAGAGCAGCUGCAGCUCGAGCCAAAAGGCCGGAGGGGCGAUUGAGAAACACAAAGGAUGAGGGUGGGAGUCAGGAUGGAAAUCCACAGGGAGCAGCAGCACUUCCCCCCUUCUGCAAAGAGGCACAUGGACCGGUCCAAUCUGUCAUCCUGUCAGCAGGGAAAGGAAGAGGGUGUAAGUUAUCAGGAGAGUCUGUCACUCGUCUCAGUGAUGUAGAGACGUUGGUGGAUGACCGUGAAGCCGGACAGGGCACUGUGACGGAGCCGCUGAAGGCACAGAUUGUUGUGGUUUUGUCACGGUUACAGGAGGACAUGAGGAGUGCGUUAGAGAGACUGAACACGCUGGAGGCUCGGGCCGUGUCACAGGUGGAAAGGCUCGCUCUUCGCUGUGCUCCUCAUAGAGCUCACACUGAAAAGCAUCUUUUCAUCUGUCCAUCGGCCAUCUCACAAAUCUCAGUGGCGUUUCUCUUCGCCUGGCCUUUUGUAACCCACUACUUAGUGCAGCUUUACCUCCAGAAGAAAAGUGAACGCCGACGUGAAGUGUACACUCGAGUGUGUGUGUCCCAGCUCAACAAGGCCGCUUUCUCACUUUCAGGAAGACAAAGCUGUAGUUCUCUCAAUGAUGUAGACCAACAGAACUGAAAUAUUAAAGCAACUACAAACAUCUCUGAACAUCAUCAGUACUUUUUCUCACCAUCAAUGUGCUGGAGGUCUGAAAGAUUGAGUCAGAUUUGAGGAGUAUACAAGUGCAGUGCUACUCAAAUAUCAAAUCAAACAUAGAUAUUAAAUAUCUACCAGUGCUGUGUAACACUAUAGGAAAUCAAAUUCUGUCUCACUCUCACUCAUUCACUUCCUACCGCUUAUCCGAACUUCUCGGGUCACGGGGAGCCUGUGCCUAUCUCAGGCGUCAUCAGGCAUCGAGGCAGGAUACACCCUGGAUGGAGUGCCAACC